CGUUGUUUGAACCAAUCACAAAAUAGAUUACUAAAUACCGAUAAUUCUGACAAAUCCGCGGGAAAGUGUUAGAAUAAAUAAAUUUAAAAUGAGUGCCGUGGUAAUAGACGUAGACUCUUGUAAUAGGGCUCCGGAUUGCAAAACUCACCUUUUACCGUGUGAGAUUAGUUACAAUGGUCAAGCAAAGGUAGAAGAAUAUUUUGCAAGCUCAAUUAAGCAAGACAAGGAAAGUCAAGGUUUGACAUCUACGUUUAGAGGGAGGCCUCUUGAUGGUGAAGUAAAGGAAGUCCCUUCAGGUUACACAGGUAUUAUACUGAAAGAAACAAGAAAAGCUUAUACAGAUGAAGAAGAGAGAAAACUGAUAGCAACACACAAAUUCUCUAACUUUCAUUUCUGGAAUCUGGAUAAAAAGACAUCACAAGAGGAUAAACUUCAUCAGGUUAUAGACUGGAUGGAAAUAGCUAACGUUUUGCAUAGUCCUGUUAACUCCAAUAGCAUACCAAUAAAAAUGGAAGAUAGUUAAAGGGUAAUAUUAUUCAGACUUGACCUUGACAGAAUGUGAUAGAUGUCAAAUAAUAAAAUUAACUGGAAUGGAAGAUUAUUCAGUGCCACAUAAUUGACAGAAUUUUCUUACAAAAAAUACUUUGAAGCAUAUAUAUAAAUUGUUAAUGAAAUGAAAAUAAAAUACACAUAAUAUAGGAUCUGUUGAAUGACAUCUUCUGUACUCUUGACAAUUAUAAAUGUGAAUCAAGCAGUUAAAAAAUAAAAUAUGAAAAAAAUUGUUAUUCAGAUAAUUGAUAUACCAUGAGCCUUAACCAUUUAUUGUUGAUGAGUUUGUGCUAAUAAAAUAUUUGUAUUCAGAUA